CUCUCCUCACACUCGCCACUAUAAAAAGGAGGCAAAUUACAGAGUACAGAGGCUUGCGGCUGCUCAGCCUUUUUCAACAGUGUUCCAGCACUUCUUUGGCGUUCUGGAACUGUCAAAUACUAUUUACUCUUCACUCUUUUGUCCUAAACUUAGCGAAACCCAACACCUCUUUCUCUAUCUUCCUUUCUCUUUUAAUCAGUAUAAGGGACGAUCUUGCUUUGAUAAACCUGAUAUUGGAUCCUUAAUUUACAUAUCUGCCACUGGGCAUUCAACAUCUUAAAUCAAACCGUUGUUUUUCUCUUGCCAAUUUCUCUACUUGAAUCUGUCAGCCACUGUAAUUGGUGUAAUCGGGGGUGUGUUUAUGUUGAUGGCGGAGAGUGAAGGUGGGGAUGAUCAGAAGGAUGUAAAUAGCGGGCCUAAGUCCCCCUGGAAGACUCCGGUGGUGGCCGAUGCUCCUGUGAUGGGCGCUGAGUCUUGGCCUGCUCUCGCCGACGCCCAUCACCAACAACGCUCCAAGAGUUCCGAUUCUGCCACGAAGCCGGCUUCUGUUCCUUCUCCAACGCAGGGAUCAGUUGCGCACAAGUUGAAUGGUUCUGGAAACCCUAAUUCUUCGCAUAAGUAUUCAUCAUCAAGACAUCAAAAAUUAGGCACUAAGCGCAACCAAAAUGGUGCACCUCCUUUUCCUGUACCCUUUCCUUACCAGCAACCAACUCUGCCACCUGUUUUUCAUGCUAUGGUGCCGCCACCGCACAUUGCUGUUUCUGGAUAUGCUUACCAGCCCAGCCCUGCACCUUUUCCUGGUGUUGAAACUCAUCUAGUAAAGUCUGGAUCUGAUUCUUCCACUGUCCAACCUUUUGUUCCACCUGUUAAUGUUCAGACUCCACCAAGAGGGGAUCCCAAUGCUUUUGCUGUCAAUUUUUCAAAUAGAAGACCCAGUGUGCAAGAACCUGGUGGCCAUUUGAAUCAUGCUUGGCAUCAGCGAGCAUUUAGUCCCAGAGAUAAUAUGGCUUUGCAACAGGGCAUGGGACCAAGGCCUCUAGUCAGGCCUCCGUUAUUUGCUCCUGCUCCAGGCUUCAUGGUUGCUCCAACCUUCCCAGGACCACCCAUAUGUUAUGUGCCUGUAGCGCCUACAGGUUCUUUCAGGGGAGGCCAUCCUCCUCGCUUUAUGCCAUAUCCUACUAGUCCAGGAGUUCCUUUCCUUCCCCAAGAAACACCAUCUUUGAGAGAUAGCAUAAUAAGACAAAUAGAUUAUUAUUUCAGUGAUGAAAAUCUGAAGACUGAUCAUUACCUAAUAUCCUUGAUGGAUGGCCAAGGAUGGGUUCCUAUUUCCAUCAUCGCUGACUUUAACAGGGUGAAGAAAAUGACUACAGAUAUACUGUUUAUUCUUGAUGCGCUACAAAGUUCAAGUAUGGUGGAAGUUCAGGGUGACAAGAUUCGGAGACGUGAUGAGUGGUCAAAGUGGAUUCCAGCUUCUACUGAACAUACAUCAACAUCAAAAACUCAAACUUCUGAAUCGCAUAUUGUAAAUCGUACUAAACAAGACAAUGCAAGGGGUUUCUCCAAAGAAAAUGUGGAAUUUUCAUCAUAUAAUCAUGCAGAUGGUGAGGAGGAGCAAAGAUUGACAAAUGGAGAGGCUCCAGAAGCAAUGCAAGUAGGUACAAAUGAAGGUGAAAGUGCAUCUUUUCAUGCUGUAAAACAGGCAAUGGGUGGUGUAAAUGCAGAUCCAAAUGGCAAGUCAGUUACUGACUUGAACGCUAAGCUUUCAUAUCUUGACAACAGCUGCAAUGCUGCAUAUGUGGCCCAUUCUGAUGGAAAUGAGCCUGCGGUUUCCAAGUAUCAUGCGACUGAUGGCAUGGAAAUCUCAUCAGACAUGACUUCGCAUAAUCUUGGUGAUCUGUCUAAUGAUUUUGCAAACACAUUUAUGCUUGAUGAAGAGCUGGAGCUUGAGCAGAAAACACUGAAGAAUGAUUCUGAAUGUCCAGUUAGAAGGAUUGAUGAUGAAGAAGAUGAGAUGUUGGUCAAUGAUCAGGAUGUUCAAAGACUUGUGAUUGUCACCCAGAAUAGCAGAGCAAGUGAAGCAUUCAAAACUGGUGGUAAAGAUGCAAAAUCGAUUUCCAAGGAGCUUGCUUCUGCAAUUAAUGAUGGUCUCUAUUUCUAUGAACAGGAGCUUAAAACAAAAAAAUCUAAUCGCAGAAAGAAUAAUUCUGCUUUUGAGAACAGAGAUGGGAACUCGAGGUUUACAAAUAGUUCUCCGGGAGUAUCACAUUCAAAGACUGGUGAAAUUUCCACUGGAAGUGUUGGCCAAGAAGAGUCCGGAACCACUGCUAAUUUAAGGAAACAGAGUAAAAGUUUUUCUAAGCAGCAGUCAUCUCAUAAGCAGCGCUUCUUCUCCUGCAACUUCAGAAAUCAUGGAACUGGCCGUAAUUCUUUUGGGAUCAUAUCAGAAAGUCCACCCAGUAAUUCGGUUGGAUUUUUCUUUAGUUCUACACCUCCUGAAAAUCAUGGUCCUAGGUCUUCAAAGUUGAGUGCUUCGCCACAUAGCCCUCUAUCAGGCAGUAGUCCACCAGUGGGUUCCAUGCCAAAGUCAUUUCCCCCAUUCCAGCAUCCAAGCCAUCAACUGUUAGAAGAAAAUGGCUUUAAACAGCAGAAGUACCUGAAGUUUCACAAGCGGUGCCUAAGUGACAGAAAGAAAAUGGGAGUAGGUUGCAGUGAGGGGGAGGGAUUUUCCAACAUACAACAUAAGCUCCAAAACAAGGAAAUGAAUACGCUGUAUAGGUUUUGGUCAUAUUUCCUUAGAGAUAUGUUUGUUCCUUCCAUGUAUAAUGAGUUCCGGAAAUUAGCUCUGGAAGAUGCAUCUGCUAAUUACAAUUAUGGGAUAGAGUGCCUUUUCAGGUUCUAUAGUUAUGGUUUGGAGAACAUAUUCAGAGAGGACUUGUACAAGGAUUUUGAAGAUCUUACUCUUGAGUUCUAUCAUAAGGGAAAUAUUUAUGGCCUCGAGAAAUACUGGGCAUUCCACCAUUAUCGCGGGCUGCGUGAGCACAAAGAAGCGCUAAAGAAACAUCCGGAAUUGGAUAGAUUGCUCAGGCAAGAGUACUGCAGCUUGGAGGACUUUCGCACCAAAGAGAAGAAUGUAAAAGAGGGAAGUCAUUAGCGGGUGAUAAUGCUCAUUUCCCUGAGGGUGACAUCCUCCCAAUUUUGAAAUCAAUUCUGAUAAGCAGGGAGAGAGACUUGGCUUAUAUUUUGUUGAAUGAGAAUUGUAUAUUGUAUUUGGGGGAGUUGUCAUUUGCAUCUGUAAUGUAUAUUGUUUUGUUUUGUUUUUUUUUUGUUUUUUUUUGUUUUUUUUUUGUUUCUUUUAAAGAAUAUAAUUUUAGUCUGAUUAUUGUUUAUUCUUAUUAUCUUUCCUGUA